AUGGCGGCUGUACAAAUGAGCCCCAAGACAACGCAUAUUCCUCCGGGUCCUGAGGUUAAGCGCCCCAGAGGUAUCUUAAAGAACUCAUUCCAAAAAUCGCCACCCCCCGCAUCCCCGAUUAAGGAACAAGACCUAUCGGAGAAGGAACUUACUAUCAUCAACACACAAUCCAACGCCGGCCACCGCCGCUCUUCAAGUGCUGCAAGCCGCCCUCCCGGAUCACGCCGCCAAUCGUCGCGCACUCCUUUAAUCAAUCCCGAACAAAUUGUGCUUGAUAAUAAUCAGCGCUUAAAAUGGGACGAAGCAAACCUCUACUUGACCGAGCAAGAACGUACUUCUACAAUGAAAAUCACUGAACCGAAGACUCCGUAUGCGCGGCAUUACGAGCCAUCGGAAGAUGAUGACGACGAAAUGCUUGAUGGCGAGAACUCGCGCAAGGAGGAGAUUCCCGGGUUAUCGCUCGGUGAGCCUGAAGAGGAAAUCCCCGAGGAUGGAUUUGGAUCCGAGCGCAAGCAGAGCAAGGUCCAUGUUAGUGACGAAGACGCCACACCACUACAUGAUGCGGAGAACGAGUUCCUCGGAUUAACUCCCGAGGAGCGUGAGAAGCACAAGAAGUUCGAAGCGCUGCGAAAGAAGCACUACGAAAUGAAGGAUGUUGCUAAGUUCCUCGGCCAUCCCGAAACACUUGAUGAAAUCGAGGACGAUGAAGAAGUCCCGCCUAUGCCUACCAUUAACGGUGCUAGAGUCGGCGCUGGCGACUAG